UUUCCUUUGUGUUCCCAGUGUGUAGAUAUGGCUGAAGCCAGUUGUCAACUGUCUGAAUAUCAGUUUCUGUGCUCCAUCUGUCUGGAUGUGUUUACUGAUCCUGUCUCCACAUCAUGUGGACACAACUUCUGCAGAAACUGCAUUACUGAACACUGGGAUACUAACCACCAGUACCUGUGUCCGCUGUGUAAAAAUAUUUUCAACACAAAACCUGAGCUGCUCAUCAACACUUUCAUCCGUGAGAUGGUCGCUCAGUUCAGACAGUCAGCUCAACAGAAAGCCAGCAGCAGCAGCUCAGAGCAACAAGUGUCCAAACCAGGAGAAGUUCCCUGUGACGUCUGCACUGGAACCAAACUGAAGGCCCUGAAGUCCUGCCUGGUGUGUCUGGCCUCCUACUGUGAGACUCACCUGGAGCCUCAUCUGACCACAUCAGGUCUGAAAAGACAUCAGCUGAUCGACCCUGUGGAGAACCUGGAAGGCAGGAUGUGUACGAAGCACGAUAAACCUCUGGAGCUGUUCUGUAAGACCGACCAGACAUGUGUCUGCAUGCUCUGCACUGUUUUAGACCACAAGAUGCAUGAUGUUGUUCCUCUGAAAGAAGGAUAUGAAGGAAAGAAGGCAGAGCUGGGGAAGACAGAGGCUGAAAUCCAGCAGAUGGUCAAAGAGAGACAACAAAGGAUUCGGAAUAUUAAACGGAGAAUCAAUUCAAGCAGGAAAAAUGCAGAGUUAGAGAUAAGGGAUGGUUUUGAGGCCUUCACAGCUCUGAUUAAGAUAGUUGAGAAAACCAUGAACAACCUCAUAGACACAAUUCAAGAUAGGCAGAACGCAAUAGAAAAACAGGCCGAAGCUUUCAUCACAGAGCUGGAACAGGAAAUCUCUGAGCUGAUGAAGAGAAGAACUGAGGUGGAGCAGCUCUCACGCUCUGAAGACCACUUCCAUGUUCUCCAAAGCGUCCAGUCCAUGGCAGCUGUUCCACCCACCAAAGACUGGACAGUGGUCAGAGUGUGUCCACAAUCAUAUGUGGGGAGUGUGGUGAGGGCUUUGGCUCAGCUGGAGGAGGAACAGAGUGAAGCCGUUAAGAGGCUUUUUAAAUCUGAACUAAAGGGGGUCCAGCAGUAUGCAGUGGAUGUGAGUCUUGAUCCUGAAACAGCACAUCCUCAACUCAUCCUGUCUCAUGAUCGGAAACAAGUGUAUCAUAGUGGUGAUGUGAAGAAAACUCUCCCUGACAAGCCAGAGAGAUUUUCUAAUUGUCUUUGUGUUUUUGGAAAGCAGAGUUUCUCAGAGCAGACUACCUCUUUAGGCAGAUUUUAUUUUGAGGUUGAGGUUAAAGAAAAGACUAAAUGGACUUUAGGAGUGGCCAGAGAGUCGAUCAACAGGAAAGAAAACAUCAAACUGAGCCCUGGAGAUGGUUACUGGACUGUAGGAUUGAGAAAUGAAAAUAAGUACCAAGCAAACGCUGCCCGUACAGUCCUUCUGUCUCUGAAGUCUCGGCCUCAGAAGGUGGGGGUGUUUGUGGAUUGUCUGGAGGGUCUGGUAUUGUUUUAUGACGUAGAUGCUGCAGCUCUUAUCUACUCCUUUACUGGCUGCUGCUUCACUGAGAAAGUCUACCCGUACCUCAGUCCCUGUCCUAAUGAUGGUGGUAAAAACUCUGCCCCUCUGAUCCUGUCUCCUGUCAUUCGCAUUUAGACCGAGUAGAACAUUAUUCAAAAAGAAAUGCA